AUGGCGGAGCAGAUAGCAGGAGAGGAGGAUAUGGACAUCAAAACGGAGCUCUCGGACGUGGAAGAGUACCAGGCACUCGUCAGAUCCACUCAGCCUUCUCUAACCAAUCACGGCCUGAGCUCUACUACUCUAACCAAUCAGAGACUGAGCACGCCUACUGUAACCAAUGGCAACCAAACCCCUCCCACUCUGGAAGCCAAUCAGAGCGCAGCUCUCUUGGAGAUCAGCCUCCGCAGAUCCAUGGAGAUGCUCCGGCAGGAAGAGGAGGAGUUUACCCACCGCCCUCAGCAGCCAAAGGCCUUCCCCCGUGUGGCUUCAUGUCCCGCCCCUUCCCCUCGCCCCAGCCAACAAUCAAGGACUACGGCCAUGGCAGCAGAGGACAUGACCUCUGUGUCCUCAAUAGCUACGGCCAUGGCAGCAGAGGACAUGACCUCUGUGUCCUCAAUAGCUACGGCCAUGGCAGCAGAGGACAUGACCUCUGUGUCCUCAAUGACGACCCCGUGCGUGACCCCUGCCCCUGCCCCUCCCCCGCCCCCCCUGAUUAAGAAACACAGCCAGACGGACCUCGUGAGCCGACUGAAGACCCGCAAGGUGCUGGGGGUGGGGGGAGAGGACGACGAUGGAGAGGUGCAUCGCUCUAAGAUCAGCCAGGUCUUGGGCAACGAGAGCAAGUACGCAGUGAGGGAGCCCGUUGGCCUCAGAUUGUGGAUCUUCCUCUCUGCUGUGCUCUUCACCCUCAUCGCCCUCACUGCGCUCCUGUUCCCCAGUCAGCUGUACGAGGUCGUCUUUGAGCCGAACACAAACAGCAUCUCCAUCAGACUCUACGGGGGGGCAUUACUCAGCAUCUCUCUGAUCCUGUGGAAUGGGGUGUAUACCGCUGAGAAAGCCGUGAUGCAGUGGACCCUGCUGACUGAGGCAUCCUACUGCGGACUGCAGUUCCUGGUGACGUCGGUGUCUCUGCUGGAGCUGGGCUCUCUGUCCGAUGGCGCCCUCUGGCUGCUGCUGGUGGAAGUGCUGCUACUGCUCAUCACACUGCUCUACCACUAUCAGCUGGGACGCAGACCCAAGAAGACCUGA